AAAGUAAAUUAAUCGCACACCAUCAGUCAUGAAACUAUUCACCACCUCACAUCUUGGUAGUCCACUUCGCCUGGUAAGCCGCAGCUCUCAAAAGCGAUUUGCAAGCACUUCGGGUUCAGAUGCUGCCCAACAACUCUUGAGCCAACUCAAAGGUCGUGUCACAACGCGUCGACAAGUCCUAGACGGCAACCAGCUCCAGAAGCUCAGUCUCACUCUUGACCGACGACACCUUCACCCUGGACAUGAUAUUUCUGAAAUAGCACCAGCUAAUGGCACGGUCCUGCCACCAGGCUACCAUCUGGUCUAUUUCACACCAAACGGAACGGAACUUGAUUUAGGAGCAGAUGGGACCGAUCGCAGCUUCAAUUCUCCGGAGCCGUUCACGCGACGUAUGUGGGCGGGAGGACGCAUGCAAUGGGCCAAAGACCGUCCCUUGCGCGUUGGCGAGGAAGUAGAGGAGCGCACCUGUUUGCUUUCUGCGGAGCCAAAGAAAAGCCGGGACGGAACCGAAAUGAUAGUCGUUACUAUUGAGAAAGAGUUUUGGGGUUCACAGGGGCUCUCUCUGACCGAUCAAAGGUCUUGGAUAUUCCGCACAGAGCUCUCGGAGCCUCUGGGGAACACUGCUCACUCACCGACAGGUAUGUUUUCCAUUGCAUCGCCGGGCGAGGCUCUCGCUAAUGUUUUUUUAGGGUACCCAGAGCGCCAGAUGACGUGGUCUCCUAUAUCUCUCUUCCGCUUCUCGGCGCUGACGUUCAACGCGCAUAGAAUACACUAUGAUGCGGCCUGGAGUCAAGGAGUUGAGAACCAUCGUGGCCUUGUCGUGCACGGUCCGCUUAACCUGAUCAACUUGCUUGACUACUGGCGUGACGUUCACGCUGUCUCCGAUGGUGCAGGACCAAGUGAGAUUGCAUACAGAGCACUGUCACCUCUAUACUCGGGCGAGCGUUAUGCUGUUAAGACUAGUCCUGCCGAGCAGUCCAGGGGAAAUAUCGAGAUUCUAGUUGAAAGGGAGGGCACAAUAUGUAUGAAGGGGGUGAUUUCAGAAUGAUAGACAGCGGCUGAGCUCUGUAAAGGAAAUGCGGACGGUAGAUUAACCUGAAAGAAUUACACCAUGUGAUUUUCCAAAGUUUCCCAAUCUAGUUGUUCUACACCAGUCAGUGAGAGUGACGGAUUGUGAUAGAUCCAGUA